UGUGCGAGUCCUGUUAUUUCCUGGCGUCUAACGUUGCCUUGGAGUGGUGUCGGCGCGCCUCCUCACUCAGCUCUCCGCCGAGCAGCCCAGCGCAAGACCAGCCCAGCAGCGGACAUGUCGGACAGUGGUGGGUGUCAGGAGCCCCCCAACGGCCGCGAGGGGAGCAUGGCGACGCGGCCGGACAGACCGUCGGUGGGCAACCGAGUGACGGUGGUGCUGGGCGCGCAGUGGGGCGACGAGGGGAAGGGCAAAGUGGUGGACCUGCUGGCUCAAGACGCCGACAUGGUGUGCAGAUGUCAGGGUGGCAACAACGCGGGACACACAGUAGUGGUAGACUCAGUGGAGUACGACUUUCACCUCCUCCCCAGCGGCAUCAUCAACCCCAAGGUCACCGCCUUCAUCGGUAACGGCGUCGUGAUCCACCUUCCAGGCCUGUUUGAAGAGGCCGAAAAGAACGAGCGCAAAGGGAAAAGUCUCAAAGGCUGGGAGAAAAGGUUGAUCAUCUCCGACAGAGCACACAUCGUGUUUGACUUCCACCAAGCUGUGGAUGGCGUUCAGGAACAGCUGAGGCAAGAGCAAGCAGGCAAGAACCUGGGGACGACAAAGAAAGGCAUCGGUCCGGUUUAUUCUGCCAAGGCGGCACGCAGCGGCCUCAGGAUAUGUGACCUUCUGGCAGACUUCACACAUUUCUCAGAGAGGUAUAAAGUCUUGGCCCAGCAGUACCAGGACAUGUACCCCAGUCUGCAGAUAGACGUGGAGGGCGAGCUGGUCAAGCUAAAGGAUUAUGUGGAGCAGAUCAAGCCCAUGGUGAGGGACGGUGUGCACUACAUGUACGAGGCUCUACAUGGGCCUCCCAAGAAGAUCCUGGUGGAGGGAGCCAACGCGGCACUGCUGGACAUCGACUUUGGGACGUAUCCGUUUGUGACAUCGUCCAACUGCACGGUGGGCGGCGUGUGUACAGGCCUGGGCAUGCCGCCGCAGAACGUGGGCGAGGUUUACGGCGUGGUCAAGGCCUACACCACCCGAGUGGGCAUCGGUGCCUUCCCCUCCGAGCAGAGCAACGAAAUCGGCGAGCUGCUUCAGAGCCGCGGCAAAGAAGUGGGCGUGACCACGGGCCGUAAGAGGCGAUGUGGUUGGCUGGACCUGGUGCUCAUCAAAUACGCGCACAUGAUCAAUGGCUUCACAGCUUUAGCAUUGACCAAACUGGACAUACUUGACAUCUUGCCGGAGAUCAAAGUGGGCGUGGCCUACAAAGUCAACGGGCAAACUAUACCGCACUUCCCAGCCAAUCAGGAAGUGCUACUGCAGGUGGAUGUGGAAUAUGAGACGCUGCCCGGCUGGAACAGCGACACGUCGGCCGCCAGGACCUUCGACCAACUCCCCGAGAACGCCCAGAAAUAUGUCUCCUUCAUCGAGGAACACGUGGGCGUGCCUGUCAAAUGGAUCGGUGUAGGGAAGUCUCGGGAGUCCAUGAUCCAGCUCUUCUAGAUCAGAAGCAGCCUGUCAACAGCCUCUCCCUGUCACACACACACACACACACACACUCAUACACACACACACACACACACACACACACACACACACACACACACACACACACACACACACACACACACACACACACACACACACACACACACACACACACACACACACACACAGAGCCUGCACUACCUGACUGGACUCUGAUUUCAGACAUGACUUCCGUGUCUCGUCUCGGAACGCUUCACACCUUGUACUGUCUCAAGUCGGCCUCUCUGCUUCACGCGGGCAUUUUAUACCAGACCCUCAAUAAACUCCCACCAGCGCCUGUAAGGAGACAACCUGCUAACAUUAAUAUCACACAGUUUUAAAUGUGCUGUGUGCCGCUCCGUUGUUCUGUAUUGGGUUUUAUUCCGACAGUCAGGUGGACGGCACUUCCUGACAUAAAAGGGAUCUUUUCACAUUUUAACUUUUUAAUGUCACUCAACCAAAAAACAUGUUUUUAAUCUCUUAACUGCUGAUAUCUUCCAAAAAAUAACGUUGCUGUCUUCACACCUUUCUUCCUUUUAGGUUUUAUUUUGAAAGGGUGGAUUGUCCCCAUGUUAAAGCACUACUUGUGUCCCAUUCGAAGUCACUCGCUGAUUUGUUUCUUGUUGUCGUUACUGUUGCACUUUUUCUAAUGCCAUAAAACUCACUCCUACGGAUCCAAAGCAAAUAUCCUUUUGGAGCUGAACGUCCCAUCCUGGCAGUGAGACAUUAAAUGUGGGGAGGUGGAAAUCUUUGUUGUGCUUGUU